UAGAUUUGGAGUUUGGAUACGCAAUCUAUACGCUUUGGGCAGGGUUUUGAACACCUUUAUGUACAGUAGUGCUUGGCUCUGCUCAGAGUGGCCUGACCCAAGCUGAGAAAUGGGCCACCAAGUCAAGCCAUGGUGGAGUGUUUCAGUAAUGAAGCCAUAUGCCCAUAUAGGAUCCGCAGGCUACAACGACGGUCCAGUCUUGUAGGUUUAAGAGUUUGACUCCUUUAUUUACAGACAGUUGUAAAAGUCAUGAUCUUCCCUCAGGCUUAGCCCAAACCUGAGGAUAUUCGUACCCCAAAAAAUCCAGAUGACUUGGAAAGGCUGGAACCGACCAUGCAAGGGACAAUGAUUGUGAAACAAAGUGGAUGAUUUCAAUUCUAUCAACAAUUCAAAAAAAAGAAGCCUUACCAUAAUCCAUAAAACAUAAAAGUUAAAUUCCUAUUUCUAGUAUGUCCCACGAAAUUUAACAAAGGAUAAUCCCACCAAAAAACGAAAAAUCCGAAGAUGGCACUCCUCUCAUUUCCUCAGCCUUCUUUUUCUUAUCGUUGUUCUUCCAUUUCAUUCUCUUCCUGGCACCAAUCCUCCGUGGUCGUCACCACCGCUCACCCGUUCCGUUUCCUAGCAGUCGCAGCCGCCACCACAACUCACCGUCAGCAACAGUCCACUCCUAUUGACAAGUCUUCGCUCAUCGUUGCUGAAACAGCGUCGGAAGACCAGCUUUGGGCAGCUGCUUGUCUCCGUGUUCGUUCCUUUUAUAACUUCCAAGACUCCUCCUAUGGCAUCCAAGAUCAUAAAAGGUACCUGGCGGAACGCGAAUUCGAAGCACUAAAGGAAAGAAUUGCUGGGAAGAGGGAGGGCUUUAAAAGAGUCUCUUGCAUAAAUGCUACGCUUCCAUUGUCACAGUUGUCAAGCUCUGCAGAUGAUUUAUGUGCUGCAUGUAAGUUUGCUGACAAUGGAGAGGAUAGAGUAGUAGUUGGAUCCCUUGAUCUUAACCAAUGUCUUUGGCUUCCAGAAGAAAUAGCUGGAACAAAACCAGAGGGGAUUGAGGCUGAUUUUGCAAGAGCAUACUUGAGCAACGUAUGUGUUGCAAGGGAACUGCACAGAAAUGGCCUAGGUUAUGAAAUUGUCUCAAAGUCAAAGAGAGUUGCUGAAAAAUGGGGCAUAACUGAUCUAUACGUCCAUGUUACCGUUGACAAUGAGCCUGCAAAGAAUUUGUACAUGAAAAGUGGUUUCAUUCACGAAAACGAUGAGCCUGCUUGGCAAGCUAGAUUUCUAGAUCGGCCACGAAGGAUUCUAUUAUGGAUUGGUCUUCCUUGCAGUAAUGAGUUGUGAACUUGUAAUAUUACGGCAUUAAUUCCAUUUUGCUUCUUGUACUUCAUUAUAAGUUUUGAUUCCAAUACAUGUUUAUAUCAUUGGAAAACUUGCCCAUUUCAAAAUGUAAUAUAAGCUUCCUGUGUAUUACCAGGUAGAAAAUUUUAUGCAUUCCAUGAAAGGAAACAGAAAAAUAAAAUUGUAAAGCGCAUAUCCCAUUCCUUAGACUUGGCUGUGUAGGUUAAAGUUUGCGCGCAUCUUAUUGUAUAUUGGGAAAUUAAAAGAAAAAAAAAAAAACACAACGAAGCUCACUGCCUUUGUGAUAAAAUGUGCUGCUUUUGCUGAACUGUUGACCAAGCCACUAAGAAACGACUCAAUAAUGGUGAUUCCCACAAAUUGACCGUGAUACAAAGUCACAGCCUUACUCCUGUAAGCAUAAGAAUAGCCAAACAUUUCAGCGAAAAAGUUUCGUACGAAUAAUUUAUUAAUAGUUUCCACAAUUUACAGAUAUAAUUUCGAUGUGUUUACAUAUCUCGACUGGCAUAACAGAUGAAAGACAAGUUUCCAUCUUUGCAGAUUAUAUUUCUUGUCGCAACAUGCACACUAUUGGAUUACCAUUGAGAAGCCAUUUUUGAGUAGAAGCGUCAAACUUGGAAGUUGUUUAGGUUUCAGUCAGCUCCAAUUGCUAAACGGGGUGCAGCGUGGCGAAAAUAAUCCACAUCAUGUUGCCACACGAGGGUCUAAUGCAGUUGAGGCUCCAGCCAAAUUGCACUGGAGCCCCUCCCAAGCAACAAACGGGCUCUAAGCUAAUCUCGUUUGAGUUUGCCAGCAAUGUUACUGCUAGCAGCCAUGAAAGGAGAAGA